UAAUGGGGAUUAUAACGUGGAAAUCGAACGAGUGCGGACAGAGCCCAUGGUGCAGGAGAUGGCGAGGGACGUCAACCAUCUCCUCAGUGAUAAACGGAAGGCCCUGCAGAAAAUCGUGCAGCACCUGGAAGACGCCACCGCCAAUUACCAGUGGAAGGACGAACUGGACCUGAACACCUCACACCCGCUGCUGAUGAAGUACCUGGACCCGAGCAAUGACUCCCACGAGAUGCAAAUGGACGAGAGGCUGGGAGUGCCGGUCAAAUACAACAUUUCUGGCAUUCAUGUACCCCUUGAGGUAUAUGAAGGAUGGUUAUGGCCCAACAUCAGGGAGCAUAGGGAACAGGAUCCAGAAAUUCUGAAUGGACUCAGGUGGUCUGCAACGGUAGAUCGAGUUUUCCGAGAUAACUUCGAUGCAGACCAGACAUUGAUGUGGCAAUAUUUUGGAGCUCAAACAGGCUUUAUGCGAGUUUAUCCAGCAACAACGUGGUAUGUUCCUCCCAAUUUGAUAGACCUGUAUGAUGCACGUCUGCGACCUUGGUAUGUUCAGGGCUCCGUUCCACCAAAGGAUAUGAUUAUUCUUAUGGACAGGAGUGGCAGUGUUCAUGGACAGACAUUUACAAUCAUGAAAUGGGCUGUAAAAACCCUAAUUGACACUCUAGGUGAAAAUGACUUUGUAAAUGUUGCGGCAUUUAAUGACACAACGGAGUGGGUGAAUAACUGUACAUAUUGCAAGGCAAAUGGAACAGAAGAAGAGAAUGAAGGCUGCCAUCAAAAUUUAGUCCAAGCAAGCACUAGCAACAAAAAACUAUUAUUUCGGGCAAUUGAUGAACUUGAAGAUGGCGGCAUAGCGAGCUACUCAAAUGCAUUGGAGUUUGCACUUAAGGCCUUCAAAGAGUAUUCACAAACCAAGGCAAGAGGAGAAGGGGCUCAGUGCCACAAAACGAUCAUGCUCUUCAGCGAUGGAGGAACUGAAUGGCCGGAAGAGAUCUUUAAGAAAUACAAGGCAGAUGAGGAUACAAAGGAUGUGAGAGUAUUUACAUAUGCUGUGGGACCACAUCCCAUCCCUACAGCAGUGUUAAAACAGAUGGCUUGCUCAACAGGAGGACAGUAUUCGGUUAUCACUACAAGAAGUAGUGUCAGAACAAAAAUACAAGAGUCGUAUACAAGCUUACUCUCCCCUGCUCACCCCCUGAAAGGAAACCUUUCUGACCAAUAUACAACUGCGUACACAAGUGCUGUGACAGAGGAGUUGACAGUAUCUCUUACUCGGCCAGUUUACAACAUGUCGGACUAUGCGAACACUUCAGAUUUAUUGGGAGUAGCAGGUAUUGAUGUUCCCAUCCAGUCACUGAAGAAUCUCUCACCAUUUGAGGCUCUUGGACCAAAUGGUUAUACUUUCAUCAUCAACCAUAAUGGCUUUAUUGUUAUGCACCCGAGGCUAAGUCCACAACUCUCAUACUUAUUGGGACCACCCCAUGUUGAUCUGCUUGACGUUGAAGAGGAGACCAACGAGACAGUCUUCAUUCGAAAGAGAAUGGCCAAUGAAACAGCAGGGUCUGAAUCAGUCCUCGGGAAGAUAAGAAUUGAUGAUUCUCAUUCUGUUGUCUACAGUACAAUACAGUAUACAUGGACUCCAAUAACUGACACUACAUAUAGCUUGGGCAUUGUGAACCUCAGGCGGUCAUAUCACAUGAUUGUCCAUAAUCAAAGUGGCUUCUCUGUUGCUGAGCAGUUCAACACUACUGACACUGUAAUAGCUCCUUGGCCCUAUUGUAGAGGACGUCAAGCAAGUGACUCAGCGACAAGGGUAAAGGACUUUAUAAGGGAUAUCAGUGAGCGAAGGGGAAUGUGUAAAGACCUGGAUAAGAAUGACUUAGCACAAGGGUUGCUGUGGUCCCAGUCUUGGACGCAGGAAUUACUUAAGCAGUGGAAGAAGGAUCGUUGGUCAAAGGAAGAUCUCAUUGGCAGAGUCAUAUUUACACGAUUUGGACUGACUAGGUUCUAUCCUGAGAGUCAGAGGCCAGGAGCUCUCCGUUGGCAGGACCCAUGGUACAACCCAGCCCUACGAAGGGGAGAACUGUCAAGCAGAAUCGCCAUCAUUCCCCAUGCCCUUGGUGCCUUUUUAUCAGCCCCAGUUAAAGUUGCUAAGAAUUAUGAAGUAAUGGCCGGAGUUGUGGGUGUAAACCUGACAGCCAGUUACUUGCAUAGUGAAUUUAAGACUAUGUUGCUAAGGACUGACUGGGACAAGAACUACCUUCUUCUGUUAGUGGAUGAUGGAGGGCUCAUCGUCACUUCAAAUGAAGAGGAGCUACAUGGAGUAACCCUUCAGGGGAUGUUCCUUGGAGAUCUGAACAUACCUUUAAUGGAGCAUCUGUAUAAUGCAAGUAUUUAUAACAUGGAAAAACGAGUGAACACACAGGCUAUCUGCAAAGAGUCAAAGACCAAGGGAACAAGUGCAGGUCCAAGAAGCUUCCUUAUUCCAAAUCCUCUGAAACUUGUGGCUGGUUUCCUGAUUGAGAUACUUUCUUGGGCUGAUUAUCUGCGAUAUAUGAUAUUUAGCUGUGUUGUGGCAUUAAUGUCUCCAAGCGUUGAGGCAUGGUCUGAGUGGGGCAUGACUCAAAUUGGGGGACAGGAGUCAUGUGUCAUGUCCCAAGCCAUCUAUUAUUUUGGUGAAAACACACGUCAUUCUGCUGUAAUGCAUUGUAGCAACCAUACAGCAAAGUUUUGGGUACGACGUCUAGUAAAGGCAAAUGCAAUUCUGGUUGCCAUUGAAACAAAACCAGAAGAAUGUGGUGUAUACUCCAGUCUUCCAAAUAUCACACCAGAAAGAGUUACUACAGUGAAACCUUGUGCAUAUCAAGCAAGGUUCAGAAGACGGCCAUCAAGCUGCCUCAUGGGUAACUCAACAGAUUAUUGCAGUAAAUCAUCACAUACAGCAGCAGCUUCAGUUGGAACAGUGCUAAGUGUUUUACUUGUUUGUAAAAUCAUGGGAAGUAUAUAUUAAGUACUGUGAUUCUAUUGGUACAGAUGAUAUUAGCUAUAUUUUCAUGUAUGGGACUUGAAAAUUAGGAUUUAUAUUCUAUGAAAAAACUAAGAAAAAAUUAUUGAAAUUAACAUUUUUAUGUGUUUAUUGAGUGUAUGUUAUGUGGAAUUUGUUAAUAUAUAAUUUAAGAAUUCUUGCUGGAUAAGUUACAAGGAAAGUAACAAGUGGAAGCAUGAAUAAAUUAAAGCAUAAUCUUUAAAACAUUUAUUUUGCAAGUUAUGCAUGACAUGUAUGCAUGUAAAACAUUUUGUGUUAAAUGUUUGAAAACACACACACACACACACACACACACACACACACACACACACACACACACACA